AUGGCUACCAACUUGAGAACUCACUUGAUAACCGUUCCGUGUCACUCAAUUUGGAAGCAGCAUUAUGUAACAAAGGGAGAGGAAAACUUAGGCCAGUUACCGGAACAUUGGUAUCUGGCUCCAUUCCAGUAUGAAGGUAAUGACCAUUUAGCGUUUAUAAGGCAUUCACUAUUAGCAGUCAGAGAGCUGAUUAAUGAUAUAGAGUCGUCUGUUCUCGUAUUUAGUGGCUCAGAGACUAAAGAGGAAGCUGGCCCUAUCUCUGAGGCUUCAAGUUACUAUUAUAUGACUCGGAAACUCUUGAAGUGGAUUGAAUCAUGUGAAGAGAUACCGAAGAGCUUAAUACACCAAGAUAAAGGAAUUGUGCAUAUUUGCGAACAGAUUAUUUUUGGUUUAAGCACUAGACAUGGAAUAGACAUCGAAACCUUAUUCACCAAAUAUAUCUACACCGAAUGUUUUGCAUUAGAUUCGUUUGAAAACCUAUUAUUCUCAAUUGGAAGGUUUCACGAGGUUACUGGAUCCUAUCCUUCAACUAUUACUAUAUUUGGUUUUGAGUUUAAGAGAGAAAGGUUUCUUAAUUUACAUGCAAAAGCGAUUGACUAUCCAGCUAAUAAGAUCAAAUAUAUUGGUGAAGAUCCAAAGCCCAGUCACGAUAAUGUACAAAAACAAGAAUACUUCUAUCAGCUCUAUAGGAUGGAGGCCAAAAACGCUUUGGAACUGUUUAGAAAAGAUUGGUAUGGAACUAGAGAUGCCUUAAUGACUAAAAAGCUGCAUAGAAACCCUUUCAAGAGGAGCCAAAAAUACCAACUGCCACUGUAUCAUUUGAAUGUAAAACAUCACAUUAUUGAAGAUGAUAAACGAUACUUUGAAAACCGGAUACAGGGGAAAAUGCCAUGGUCUGCCGAGAUGCAGUGA